AUGGCCAGGAAGAAGGCUCUGAAAAGUCUCAAAGCUGGCCGCCCGCCUCUCACUCGGCCAUCCGGCACCAUGUCACGAAAGGCGAGUCGUACACUCAUCAAUAAGCAUCACCAACUUGACAAACAGAGACGUCAGGCAGCUUCGAAGGGUGACAGGGCUACCGAAGAAGCCAUAGCUGCGGAAAUUGAAAGCCUAGGCGGUAUUUCACUUUACCAACAAGCUAGUCUACAAGGGCAGAGCACGGAGCGCGGGGGGGACACAUCCAGGCUACUGCUUGAGUGGCUUCCUGUAGAAGAGUUAAAGGACUCGGGCCGUAUAUUGCGGCUGCUGGAAGUCGGCGCCUUGAGUACCAGGAACGCUUGCUCCCUCAGUGGAUUAUUUGAAUCGGUGCAUAUCGACCUCAAUAGCCAGGAACCCGGUAUUCUGCAGCAAGACUUUAUGGACAGGCGAGUGCCAACCGAUGACGAGGAUCGGUUUGAUGUUUUGUCUUUGAGCCUGGUCCUCAACUUUGUGCCAGAUGCAGCACUUCGGGGCGAAAUGCUGAAGCGUACGCGGGAGUUCCUACGCGGCACUCACACUUCUACGGAGGCUAGGGCUGAGGAGUUCUUCCCGUGUCUUUUCAUUGUUUUACCACGAAGCUGUCUCGACAAUUCUCGUUACUUCACCGAAUCGAAGUUCGAGUCGAUCAUGAGCAUGCUCGGAUACUCGAUGACGCGGAUGAAGAUGACUCAGAAGCUUGCAUACAGCCUGUGGCGAAAGGCUGCCGCAGCAAACAUUGCCAGGGUUUCAAAGAAAGAGAUCAACCCGGGUCGAAUCAGGAACAACUUUGUUAUAACACUACAGCAUUAG